AUGGAGCUGAGAGCCCUCCUCCUGCUGCUGCUCUGCUUCCCAGGUCUCCAAGCCCAAACACCUCAAGAGGAGAGCCGGUCAGAAGGAAGCACUCUGUAUAUCCAGUGUCCUUACACACCAGAGACUGACUACUACGGGCAGAAGGUCUGGUACCAUGUAAGAGAUGGACUAUAUAAGGUCUUUGUGGAAAGCAACCCACACAAAACCCACACCACAAAGGGGAAAGUUACAAUACAGGACAACUACACGCAUCGGACAGUGUACAUCACCAUGACUGACCUCCAGGCAGAGGACUCAGGCACAUACUCCUGUGCUUACCGUUCCGGUGACUGGUAUAUUACACUAAGGACAAUCUCACUGAAUGUUUUCAAGGAGCUGCACAAGUGGGAGUUGGACAGUCUCUCUGUGCAGUGCCCGUACAGCCCAGGGACAAACGUCUGGUGUCGAAGAAGUGAGACUUUGUGUAAUAUCGUGGCGAGGACAGAUACCACCUCAACAUCGCAUAACAGCAAAGCUCUGGAAGGCAGAACAUCGAUCCAGCGUGACACCCAGCAGAGGACCGUCACCGUCACUGUGCAGAAGCUGCAAGCCCAGGACGCUGGCGUGUACUGGUGUGCACUCUACAGCGGCUAUCGUCCCACCCGGAUAAUGGAGGUCAGGCUCUCUGUGUCCAAGAGGACCCAGCAAUACACAGCCAAGGAGUCAGGCAACGUCUCUGUCCAGUGUCCAUACAGCACCCUAGACUAUGGGGCUGUGAGCAAAGCAUGGUGCAAAGAGGGAAGCAGGAAAGCGUGUACCAUGCUGGCCAACACGAUGUGGAAGCCUUCAGGGAACCGCAGAAAAAAUGAGCAAAGCAGAGUGACAAUCCAGGACGACACGCAGCAGGGGAUUGUCACCAUCACCAUGGAGAAGCUGCAGGCAGAGGACUCCGGCGUGUACUGGUGUGCGCUUUAUGAACACACUCAUCUUUUCCGAAUAGUGGAGGUUACGCUCAAUGUUUCCGAGGCAUCCGCUGAAACAGCUGUGUCAGGUACUCCAGGCACAAGUCCAGCAACCCCGUCUGGCAACACCCCAGCAUCGAGCUCAAAUGUAAAGACCUUCAUCCUGCUCUUGGGGGUCCUGAGCGUCCUGUUCAUCCUGGCACUCAUCAGCCUGAUAAUACUCUGCGUCAGGCGGCACAAGCAGCUGAAGAGAAGAGGUACCAGAGAAGCAGAGGACAUCUAUGAGAAACCAGAGGACAUAGCACAGCUUGACAGUGCUGAAAGAAUGGAAAGUCCCAAGGAUGACAGUGAAGACCUAAAAUACGUCACCCUGAACUUUAAAUCCCAACUCAGCCUUGAGGAUCCCCUCUACUGCAAUGUUGAACCAAGUCAGACCCACAGGAAGCCCGAAGAUGAGAGUGUGGAAUACGCCAUCAUUGCACUCAAGCAGUUACCAGCGAAUGACAAAGGAUGA